GUUGAUAUAAGCGUGCAGGAGGCGUCGCUAGGGCAGUGCGCGCGUGGCCACACUGGUAGAGGGUAGCGACCGUGCCCACACACUCAGUCCCCUCACGCGGCCGUCACCACUCGCACGUGGACUCCACCACCGCAUAACCUCGCUGGCUCGUUCGCUCGGUGCCUCGUCCCGUCGCAGUCCCCGGCGAAGCAGACCCAGACCUCAGCACCUCCCAGGCCAGAGACGAGUCUAGAAGCCCUCGCUGGUCUCCCUCAGCAUCCCGACACGAUGGAGAAGUCUCCGAUGUACGCCGUCCUCACGCCCCCGGGGGAGGGCAGGCGGCAGUGGCUGGCGUGGAUGGCAGCCUUCGUGAGCCUGCUGGCCCUGGUCGUGUCCGUCGUGACCGCCUGCGUGGCCGUGCAGCAGCUCGACCGAGUCACGGAGGUCGAGCAGAAGAUGAUCGAGAUGAAGAUGCACUUCGAGCGGCUCCUCAAUGAGUACGACUACGACAUCUACGACUACGACGACCCUAAGGCUGUGAACAUCGAGGAGCUGACACUACAGAGCGUCGUCAGGAAGAAGAGGGAGGCUGACGACGGACAGAACGGCGGAGUACCCAUCUACGAGCAAGCCUAUGGACUCCCGCCCCGCUCCACCGCCAAGGGCCUCCGCCUGUACGGUGACCUCCUCGCGGGCGCCAGCGAAUCGCCCGAGAUGUCACCCGAGGUCACCGAGUCGCCCAUCAAGCCUUACCACAGAAUAUCGAGUAUGUGGGUGCCUAAGGAGCGACGCCGGUAUUCCUCAGGCAAACUCUCCUCCAGGAACCACGGCAACGAACUGGACGGGAGCGAGGAAUCCGACGCCGAGGUCAUCCGUCAGGCCGCUCGGAGCCAGGUCCUGAGGAGGAGGUCGCGCGUCAAGAGUCUCCAAGGGCCGGGCAGGAGUGUGCGCCGCCGCCAGAAGUCUCGAACACCCUCUAACACAAAUCCUGCUCCUGUCUUCUUCCGUCAGGGCUUGGUCAAGGCGACCGAGCGCGCCAGUGCCCGAGCGAACAGCGUCGUCCCCCAGGCAGCCAAGGUCAUGUCCCAGCCCCAGGUCGUGCCCCAGCCCGUCCCGCAGCCCGUGCCCCAGACGCCCCAGAGCCCCAAGGCCUUCGAGAGCCGACCCCUGUCAACUCUCCGUGCUCAGGACAGAGCCGUCAAGAAGAUCCCGAGGAAGAAGCAGAGCCACCGUCGGCGCGCACCAACCCCGUGGUCACCGUCGCCCACUUCGUCGCACGCCCGCGAACAGGACCGCCCACCAUCAACGGCCUACCUGUCACCCCCCACACCCCCUUUCUCUCCCCCAGCAGGAGUCGGCGAGGACGUGCACGGGGAGUGGUCACCUGCCGCCUGGAUGGAUGGACAAGUUAGGCCUCAACCGGAAGUACUCCCUCAGAAGGGCGUGGUCACCGUCAAGGAAGCUGGCCUGUAUUACCUGUACGCGCAGGUGCUGUACCAGCCUGGACGCUUCGGCAGUGGGUUCCAGGUGGUCGUUGACAGCAUCCCCAUCAUGGAGUGCACGCUGGCUCCCGCUCAGCCAUCUCCUUCUUGCCACACCGGGGGAGCCACCUACCUCCCCAGGAACGCCGCUGUUUACAUCCGGGACCUCGACCACCACAUGACCGCCGUGAAGAACGAGGAAAACAGCUUCUUCGGCCUCGUCAAGCUGAUGGACGCCCCCGCCACGGCCGAGAAGCUGCUGCUGGGCUGAGGUGCUGCAGUCUCUCUUACUCGGGCGAGGGAAGGAAGAUGGGAGGAGGAAGAAAAGGGAGAUAAAGGUGGAAUAAUACGAGAGGAAAAAAUAUAUUUAUAAAAAGAGGGAGAAAUGAAAAGAAAAUCUGAUGAUGUUUGAUACCAGAUAAAGGUGUCAGAUCUUGAGAAAAGAGAAACAUAGGUAAAGGGUUGUGAAUAAAUUGAAUAUAAAGAAAUGACGACAAGGUACAUAUUUCCCCAGAGUGAUAUAAAUGAAUAUAUUCUUUAAACGCACAAUAUUUUCCAUACAAAAAAAAUAAUAGAAAUAAUAACUCAGCGCCUCUGGCAGUUCCUUAAUACCUAUAAUUCUUCAGGUGAGACAGAGGAAAAUAGAAUCGUUAUUUCGUAAAUUGUUCGUAUAUUUAAGAUUGAUAAGCAAUUUCUUGGUCACUUAAGAAUUCUGAGAGAAAACAGAAGAAAAGUUUAUAUAUACAUACACGCAUACAUAUCUAUAUAUAUCUAUCUCUCUUUCUAUAUAGAUGGAUAGAUAUGUAUGUAUCUAAAUAUAUCUAUCUCUCUCUUUCUAUAUAGAUGGAUAGAUAUGUAUGUAUCUAAAUAUAUCUAUCUAUCUUUCUAUAUGGAUGGAUAGAUUAUAUGUAUGUAUGUAUGUAUGUACAUAUAUUAAAGGACCUUAAUCUCACCUAAAUGAACAUAGGGUUAACAGGACUUACCACAAGAGGCUUAGAGGUUGUAAUUUAGUAUAUGAAGGUUUGCCGCAAAGGCUUCGUGGAAAGAGACAGAAGCCAAUGCUGUUCCUUAUUUAUCUCUCCGUUGGGUUUUGUCCUUCAUAGAUUAUAAGAAUUAUGCAGUUGAAUUAUAAAAGCGAUAUUUAAGUUAGAAACAAACCUCCAGAUUUUUUUUUUCUUAUA